AUGCUGACAGAGUUCAAGGUUCUAGUCAGCCGUGGCACUCAGACUGAUUACAUGCGGACAUCUUCGCCUGCCGCACUGGAGAUCUGUCCCUUUGACUUUGGACCAACAUCACCGGUUCCAUUUAUCGAUCCGGCAUAUCAGGUUCAGCCCACAGAGGAACCGCAGCCUCAAGUGGAACCUGGGCCAGCCACACUGGCAGGGAUUGACUGGUUGUUCUGUGAAACGGAACAAGACAUGGAGGUAGAGCUGCCUUCAGAGAUAAAACUGCCCUCGGAGCUUCCUGGAGACGACUUCCCCACUGAAGGAGAUUGCUGCCUUGAAGCCGACCCUGCCUUUGAGGAUGGCCUCCCCUCAGAAGCAGACCCGCCCUCUGAAGGUUACCUUUUCUCUGAAGCCGACCCCCCUUCUGAAGCAGAGCCAUACGAUGCCGCAGAUGACACAUACUACCCCUCGGAAGAAGACAGCAUUAACAGGUCUGCAGGCAAAAGCACAGCUCCGACACCCGACAAGGAAAGGAAAUAUAUAAUCUAUGAAGGAUCCUUGUUGGUGCUGUUCAAGUUUUGUAGAGAGUGCCACAAGCCCUGCACAGCGGAACUGCAUCCUGACGGCACUUGCCUGACAGUGACCACACAGUGCCAAGAUGGACAUGUCAGGAAGUGGACAAGUGAGCCCAGUGUGUCGGGGAGGAACGUGGGAAGCCUUCUUCUCUCCGCCGCAGUUCUCUUCAGUGGGGCAAGCCCUGUUGUAACACUGAGGAUGCUGCGGCACAUCAACAUUCAAGUCAUCUCCGACCGCACCUACUACAGAUAUCAAAAGCAUUAUCUUCUGCCUUCAAUAGCCAGGGUCUGGAACGCCGAGCAGGAAUGCAUCCUUGAGGAGAUGAGAAGUGCAGGAGGCGCCCAUUUAUCGGGUGAUGGACGUUGCGACUCCCCCGGAUUUAGCGCUAAGUAUGGCACAUACAGCUUUUACUCCAACACCCUGAACAAGAUUGUGCACACAGAGCAAGUUCAAGUUGGUGAGAAUGACGCAGUGCAGGCAAGCUCGCACAUGGAGAAGGUUGGCUUCAUGAGAGGCUUCAACUACCUGCAAGAAAACAACAUAGAUGUGUUAUCAUUCACCACAGAUCGGCAUGUGUCAAUCAAGAAAGAGAUGGCAACUAAUCAUCCCGAUGUCAGCCACUACUUCGAUGUGUGGCACUUUGCAAAGGGCAUCACAAACAAGCUGCGAGCAGCGAGCAAACGCCCUCAGAACAAAGAUCUGAAAAGAUGGAUGGAAAAAGUGACGAACCACGUGUACUGGUGUGCAGCUAUUGGGAAUGGCGAUGGCCAAGUGGUGCUUGAUGCGUGGAAAACAAUCACGCGCCACAUCAUCAACGUUCAUGACGGGCAUGAGGGCUCCAUCUCAAGAUGCAUGCAUGGGCCGUUACACAACAAGUUGUGGCUCAAUGCAGAGUCAUCAGCAUACCAGGCUUUCAUGAAAGUUGCACUUGCCCCACUGCUGCUUCGGGACAUCAGGCAGCUUUCGCCUUCCUUCCAAACCUACAGCCUGGAGUCAUUCCAUAGUGUGCUCAUCGGAUUCGCACCAAAGUCUACCGUAUUCACCUAUGAGGGGAUGCGUGCCCGAACCCUACUGGCUGUGCUGCAUUUUAAUGCAAAUGCAAAACGCCUGCAGGCCACAACCAAGGAUGGCCAGGGCAGGUACAAGGUCAAAGCAUCAAAAUCAAGGAAGGACCAUCUGGCGGCAUUCCAAAUGGCAGAAGGGGCAAAAUUCGAGUAUAUCAGUACACUGAUGACGAACGUGCUUGAACGUCUCGAGCGUCUGCCAUCUUUCAGGGAAGCUGCUUCUGAGCUGUUGACUCCUCCCCCUCCUCCACCCAUGAUUGCCAGGGUGCAACCCAGACCGUCUAAGGCAGACUUGGUAGCUGUACACAAAUCCCGGUUCGGGAAGGCCUAGGCACCAUCCUAUUCAACCUUUUCUGCCCCAACGUUACUAGAUCGGCUCGGUUGUCAAGCUCCGCAUUAGCCGCGCUUGGGAAAGCCAGCCCCCUCCGCUCAUGCGAGCGGGGUGGGCUGGCUUUCCAAUCCGGACAUUACCACAAUGCAACAGUUGUUAGUAAAACACUUUGUAAGCCCACACAGAAACUAUGUGACUUCACGGUGUGUCCAAGGGUACCCAAUCGUUGGACCGAGCGGGUUGGGUGGGCUGUGACACGAAUGCCGCUACACGGCAGUGAAUGGCAGCGCGUCACUUUUUUCUCUGACCUUGUCAACUUAGCCGAUCCAGUAACGCUGCUCUUCCCUGUACUUGUAUAUAACUCUACCUCAAGCUAGUU